AUGGCCAAAGACCUCUUCUCGGUCCCAAUUUUCUUCAUCGUCUUCAGAGAAACCCUGGAGGCAGCCAUCAUCGUGUCUGUCCUCCUCGGCCUUGUCGAACAGAUUGUGUACCACAUACCCGCCUCUGAGCGCGGUACAGCUGCGUCCGAUGACAAUUCAAGCCGAAAGUCGGGCCACGGUUCGGACGGCCAACCACAGCAGGAGGCCUUGAUACACGAAGAAGACUCACAGGUUGCCAAACGUCGACUUAUCCGAAAACUGAGGAUACAGAUUUUCGUCGGUGCUGGAUUGGGCCUGUUCAUUGCACUUGCCAUCGGCGCAGCAUUUAUCGCCGUUUGGUUCACUCAAGCAUCUGACCUCUGGGCCAAGUCUGAAGAACUCUGGGAGGGCGUUUUUGAACUUAUUGCAUCGCUCAUGAUCUUUGUCAUGGGCAUUACCAUGCUCAAAGUAGAUCGCGCCAAGACCAAAUGGCGCAUCAAGCUUCAGCGUGCCUUCGACGGCAAACAGGUCGACGGUGGCGCCAAGACCGGAAAAUGGGCGUUGUUUGUCCUUCCCUUUAUCACCGUCCUACGUGAAGGGUUGGAAGCCGUCGUAUUUGUGGGCGGUGUCUCCCUUGGCCAAUCGGCGACAGCCAUCCCUAUAGCUGCUAUCGUCGGUAUCAUCUGCGGGCUGGUCUGCGGCUUCCUCAUCUACUCCUUCGCGAGCCGAGCAACUCUAACGGUCUUCCUCGUCGUGAUGACCAACUUCCUCCUCCUCAUCGGCGCCGGCCUGUUCAGCAAAGCAGUCGGCGCGUUCGAGACGCACGCGUUCAACAAACUGCUCGGGGCCGACGUGGAUGACGCCGGGGGGGACGGCCCUGGCUCGUUCCGCGUGCAAGGGAACGUGUGGCACUUGAAUUGCUGCAACCCCGACAACGUCAUCGACGGCCACGGCUGGCUCAUCUUCAACGCUCUCUUCGGCUGGAGCAACAAUGCCUCACUGGGCACGGUGCUUUCCUACGUCUUCUACUGGAUCGCUGUAAUCGCGGUCCUGAUUUUCAUGAAAUUCAACGAGGGGCGCACGAAGUUGAUGGGGUACGAAUCCAGUGCCGGUGGACGCCGCCGCCAAUUACGUGACGGCAAAGCUGCUGAGAACGAGAAGGAGGGCACGCCUGAAGGAACGGGUGUCCUCCCCCAUUGA